GUGCGUCACUCGUGCGCGCCGGAAGGCAAUUCGCUCGCGAAGCUCGGAUAGAAGAAAAUGGCGGCGGCGAAGAAAAGCGUCCUCUCUUCUUUGGCCGUUUAUGCUGAGGAUUCCGAGCCCGAAUCCGAUAGUGAGGCCGGUGGAGCGGCCAGCGAGCGAGGAACAGGAACGACGGAAGAGAAAGGAGGUCUGGUGUCAGAAGGCUACGGAGAGGAUGAUUUCAGUAAAAUGGAGGGAGAGGAGGAUGGUUAUGAUGACGAUGAAGAUGAAAAUAGUAGACAAUCGGAAGAUGACGAUUCAGAGACUGAAAAACCUGAGGCUGAUGACCUAAAGGACUUUUCAGAACUGGAGAAAAGAGAUCCCCAAGAACUAGUUGCUUCCUUCUCUGAGCGAGUAAGAAACAUGUCUCCUGAUGAGAUCAAAAUUCCUCCAGAACCCCCUGGCAGAUGUUCCAACCACUUACAGGACAAGAUACAAAAGCUGUAUGAGAGGAAGAUAAAAGAGGGCAUGGACAUGAACUAUAUCAUUCAAAGGAAGAAAGAGUUCCGCAACCCAAGCAUCUAUGAGAAGUUGAUCCAGUUCUGUGCGAUUGAUGAGCUUGGCACAAAUUACCCCAAGGACAUGUUUGAUCCUCACGGGUGGUCUGAGGACUCUUAUUAUGAGGCACUAGCAAAAGCACAGAAAAUUGAAAUGGACAAGCUGGAAAAGGCCAAGAAGGAGCGAACUAAGAUUGAGUUUGUAACAGGCACUAAGAAAGGAACAACAAACGCUCCCUCUACAACCACCACAACAGCCAGCACUGCAGGUGGUGAUGCACAGAAGAGGAAAAGCAAGUGGGAUUCUGCCAUUCCUGUGACAACAAUAGCUCAACCCACCAUUCUCACUACUACUGCAACACUGCCAGCUGUUGUAACCGUCACAACCAGUGCAAGCGGCUCCAAAACAACAGUGAUCUCUGCAGUUGGCACCAUAGUGAAAAAGGCAAAGCAAUGACAAGUGCAGUGAAGAGACUUGACUAUAAAGUUUUCCGCCCCCAGACUGAUUCAUGCCAAAAGCACCACUUGCAGAAGUCAAAAGCGUAGGAGGUACUCUUCUUCUGGUGCAAAAACGAAAGGCUGUUUAAAAAAUGGACACACAAGAGGAGGAGGUGGCUAUGCAUAAUCACAACAGAUACCUAUGCGUGAAGAAGCUCUCUUUGUUGGAGGAGCUGCCCCUUACCGAGUUGCGUGCAAUGAAAUGUCAGUGUGUAAAUAUUAGUUCACUAAAUGUUGUAUUAUAAUUGUGACUGUCUUAGGAUCCUUUGAACUCUGUGAAAUGAGAACUUGAGCAAGAAACUACUGAAGUCAAUCAGUUGCACUGUGAACCAUUUAAUACUGAGUAACAUUUACUUGCUCUCACUUCUCAUCUCUGCCUCCAGCAAUUAUAGGCAGGGGUGCCUUAUUCAGUUUUCCUGCAGAUAACUGUAAGAGUCAAAAAUAAUUGAUUGUAUAUAGGCUCAAUUUCAUGCAAACCAUGAUAGAGACUUGUGUGGAUUGCCCUUAUGUCACCCAUUUAGUUUCAUUCAUCUGGGGGCUUGAAAGACUGGACAUUUGAAACUGCAAAUCAACAUUGAUGUGUAUGUCUAGCCGUUUGAGAACCAUUGCGCAUAAUUUGGACUCUACUGAGGAGAAGGAGCUUGUGAAACAAAAAGAAGCACCAAAUAGUUUCUACAGAUGUAAGCUGGUGUUAGCUCUCAUUUGCGCCCUUUAAAUGUCAGUGUGCAUGUUAGUGACAUGGGUACCAAACUGUAUAAUUGCAAUAAUGCUGCCAUUUUCACCAUUCUAAUGACAAAGAUGCUGUUGAUUUGUAUAAGCUUUCUUACCUGUGUAACUGAACUUUGGAAUAUAAAAACAAUUUUUUUAUUUAAAAAAAUGUAUUUUUUUUUUGCUGCUGGUGUUUAAUCUGCCUUCCAUUCUAACUGGUAAAAGAAUGUGUAACACAGGUGGAGGGGAGAAUGCUAGGGGUGCUGUUGCUAUACUUUUAACUCAUAGAGUCAAAUACAGUGGUACCUUGGUUUAAGAAGAGUUUAGUUUAUGAACAACUUGGAUUAAGAACGCUGCAAACCCGGAAGUAGGUGUUUUGGUUUGUGAACUUUGCCUUGAAAGCAGAAUAUAUCCCGCUUCCUGUCGAGUGUGUUCCAUUUGUAAAUUGAGUCCCCCGCUGCUACGCGAAAGCACGCCCUGGUUUAAGAACGCUUUGGUUUAUGAACAGACUUCCGGAACGGGUUAAGUUCAUAAACCAAGGUACCACUGUACUCAGUCAUUUCUAUUAACAUAGCUGACUAACGUCUAAAAAUUGGACAUAAGAGCCCUGUUCCCACACAGUGGCCAACCAGACUUUGAGGAGGAAGUCCACAAGCAGCAUUCUCCUGCUCAUGAUUCCCAGCAGCUAAUAUUCAGAGGUAUCAAGGCUAGCAGAUUUAAUUUGUCUGCAACCCCCUUUUAAAAUGAUCCAAGUUGAUGGCCAUCUAUGGAAAGUGACAAUGCAAAAGCUCCAAACUUCAGCUCUCCAGAUAUUUUGGACUACAGUUCCCAUCAUCCCUGACCCCUGGUCCUGUUAGCUAGGGAUCAUGGGAGUUGUAGGCCAAAACAUCUGGAGGGCUGCAGUUCGGGGGUGCCUGGCUUAGGCCUAAAAGCACAAGAAAGGUGGUGCAUACUGGGAAGUAUGUACUGCAAAGGGCACCAAGGGGAGGCUUCAGAUGGUCAGAAUGCAGCCUCUCAAGUCUUCUUGUGCACUACCUUGUUUUUAUCCAGAGAUGGUUCAUGCUACUGGUUUGAAUAUGUGAAUGGCGUAAGCCUUUAUACCUCAGCUAGCCUCUCCCCCAUAUAUGUUAACAUCAACAAAAUGCCUUUGAAGAUUACAUCUGUGCACUGUUGGCACAGAAGCUCCUUACUAGUGGAAUGAGUUCUCUAGGCAUGUCUACCUGUAUUCAACCCUGCAGUCUUUUCAGAAGAUUCUAAACCAAAACUCUCCUUGUCCCAAUAGUCUUUAAAAGCGUCCAAUUUAUUGCAAUCCUCUGCACACUUGCCUUUGAGUAAGCCACAGCUAUGCCUAAGAAUGAAUAAUCAGUCCUCUGCUGCUGUCAGUCUUCCGUAUUAACUUAGCUGCUCCUCGACCCGGGGUGGAGUUGACUUUUUAAAUUUGUUUUUUAAUACUUGGUUUUAUUAUAUUGAUUUUGUAAAUUGCUUUGAGCUAAGAAGAAAGCUUGGCAUGGUUUGUU